UUCAACCCCUCCUGCAGACAAAACCCUAGUUUGUGCUCCCUAACUCUUCACACUCGAAGAACGGAGGAAGAAGAAGACAUCUUCAACCAGCUUUAGCAAGGAUGGUUAGAAUCAGUGUCUUGAAUGAUGCUCUUAAAAGCAUGUAUAACGCAGAGAAGCGUGGGAAGCGACAGGUUAUGAUUAGGCCUUCCUCCAAAGUGAUCAUCAAGUUUCUCAUGGUCAUGCAGAAACAUGGUUACAUCGGGGAGUUUGAAUAUGUUGAUGAUCAUAGGUCUGGCAAGAUCGUUGUGGAACUGAAUGGUAGACUUAACAAGUGUGGGGUUAUCAGUCCCCGUUUUGACGUUGGAGUCAAAGAGAUUGAGCCAUGGACUGCUAGGUUACUUCCCUCGAGACAGUUUGGGUACAUUGUGUUGACUACAUCCGCCGGAAUCAUGGACCAUGAAGAGGCUAGGAGAAAGAAUGUUGGUGGGAAAGUUCUUGGUUUCUUUUAUUAGAUGCAGUUUAUCGCGAGAAUGGAUUUGAGAAUAUUUAUCAAGUGUUUUCGUAGUUUGUUAUCUAUACUUUUGUAUUAGUGCACUUCAUUCGCCUUGUCGAGGGUUGCACCUAUUUUGCCAUGAAUGUUAAUGGCAAUUGUUUGCUACAAUUUUUUAAGGCGAAGUUAUCACUUUUCUUAGUUUAGCUGUUACUGUCAGAGCAGGAAUCUAAAAUCUAUUUUGAAUGUCAUUUUGACACACCUUACAUUAAAAGAGUCUAAAUAUUUUCCAUGAA